UAGAGGAUGAUCUUCUAUGGUCGGCUCAAAUACUAGAGUGUUUCCGUAGCGUGCUUAUAAAUGACAUAACAAUUACCAAGCAAGAUAACCUCAACUUUUGGUUUUUUUUAAAUGAAAUUGGGACUUUUCAGUGAUAAGUAAAAAUAUAAUAAUUCAAGUGUCUCAGUUACGAAAUAAGUAGUAAAUGCCAGUACAUUAAGGGGGGUUUAAAAUGUCGUUGUUACGUUCCACAAAGUUUGUGCGGUAUUUCACUGGAGCGGCGAGAACACUUAUAUUGAAUUCAGCAAAGACCGCAGAAGCGAAUUUGUUAGUAAAUCCUAAGGCUCUGUGUUCUGCUAAUAAUGUUGUUCUGCGAGAUUACGCGACAUCAAAAAAGACUGACCUAGAGCCGCUGCUGCAGAAACUAGACUCAGAGGUGCGGCGAUAUGGACGGAUAGCAAAAAGAGACAUUGAUGAAGUUUUUGACGAAAUCCAGACCAAAAAUGACAUCACAAGUUCACAAUCUCUAUUGGUUAUCAGAUGCUGUGGAGAACUAGUACCAGAAGAACUGCCAGAACAAAGAACCCUUCUUGUCCAGAAGAUAUGGAAUGUUCUCUCGGAAAGAGGAGUACCCAUGGAUAUUUCUCACUACAAUGCUUUACUCCGGGUGUACCUUGAGAAUGAACAUCCAUUUUCCCCAGCUAAGUUUCUGGAAGAACUUGAGUUGAAAGGGUUGCAGCCAAACAGGGUCACAUACCAAAGAUUAAUGUGGCGUUAUUGCCAAGAAGGUGACGUAGACGGUGCUACAAAGGUUCUAGAAAAGAUGAGGGAAUUGAAUUUUCCUGUUUCUGAACCCGUUUUGAAUGCCCUAGUUAUGGGACAUGCAUUCCAUGGCGAUACAGAAGGAGCAAAAGCAGUAUUGGAAACUAUGGCUGGGGCAGGGUUACAGCCUAGCAACCGUACUUAUACUUUAUUAGCUUGUGGAUAUGCUAAGGAAGGAGACAUAGAUGGUGUUAAAAAAAUUAUACAAACUGCUGUGGAUCAGGAUGUCAUUAUGACUGAUAAGGAUAUUUUGGAUAUCAUAGAGCAGCUAGCUGUUGGAGGUCAUGGGGACAAAGUAGAACACUUAUUCCCAUAUCUACACAAAGGACCAGGUUAUAACCAAGAUGUUUGCAACCUUGUCCUAAAACUUCUCAAUAAGGGUGAAGAAGAAACAGCAAAGAAAAUCAUGAAAACUAUGCCCAAAAUGGGUACUUAUGACGACACAAUUUUCAAAGGAGCUUUUUUCGUCAAACAGCUAUUCAGACUGAACAAACCGGCAGAGCAAUUAAUUAAAUCAUGUAAGGACCUCCAGCAAGAAGAUCUUGUUCCCAAUGCUAUAUACAUAGCAACUGAAACUGCGCUACAACAAGGUCGCACAGAGGUAGCUCAACUACUUUUCAAAGAGCUAGAAAACGAGGGCAGAGAGAUCCGUCAGCAUUACUUUUGGCCUCUGUUAGCUCAGAAAGGAAAGGAACACGACGAAGAAGGUCUCUUACAAAUUCUUCGUGACAUGGCUGGCAGAGGAUUAAUGCCAAGUGGAGAAGCUUUAAGAGACUAUGUCAUUCCGUACUUGUUGGACAAAGACAAUGAAGAAAAUGUUAUUCUCAAACUGCAAAUAGGGAAUGUCCCCUUAAUUUACAGUGCUAGGAACUUGAUGGUGGAACUGUUGGAACAAGGUAAAAUUAUGAAAGCUGCAAACAUAGCUGUUAAAUAUCAACCGCGUGGACAGUACUCCUUAAUGUCGCGUCCGCUUCUAAACGCACUGGCAAAGACUAAAGACAUUAACUCUUUUGCUACGAUUUUACAUGUCAUCAGCAGCCAGGGUCCAACCACUCAAACUGAAGAAGAUGUUGCAAACGACGAUGCUCAAAGUGAUGAUAAAACCAAUAGCAAUGAGAUUGGACGGCUUGUUAAAAAUGCUGUAAGAAUUCUCGGGAAACCCGAUUUGUGUAAAAAUCUACUAGAAGCUAUUCAUUCCAAAGGAUUGAGGAUAAGCACUGAGGCUGCAGAGGCGAUACAACAGCAACUUAGUCAGGAUUUGACAACUGAUUUAUCAGAAUUGCUCUCCAAGUUGACUUCUUCAGAUUUAGAACUUGUACCCCUCGAGAGCCCUCGUCGAGGAAUUUCAGUCAGAAAUAGUGCUCAACUAGAACGCCUACUGGCACAAGCUAAAUCCAAAGGUUCUCCUAAUGUGAAUCGCUUGCAAAAGCAAUUGUUAACCACGUACAUUAUUGAAAAUAAUGUUGAAAAACUCAACAAUUUUUUGGUUGAACUGAAAUCGUCAAAAUUCGAACUCUCACCGGCCACUCUCGCUCAGUUGUUCGAAUUUUACUGUCAAAAUGAUGAUAUAAAUAAAGCUAAAGAGUGUGAGCAGGAGAUGCAUACUAAGGACCCAGAGUACAAGCUCAAUAAGUACAAGUUAAUUUUGAUGGCUUACGCCUAUGUACGUGCAAAGAGAUAUGAUGAAGCUCUAGAGUUUCUAAAAUCUCAUAAAGUUACUUCGAAUAAGGAGAACAAUAAUUUUAUUUUCACCUCUAAAUGUUGGCAGAUGCUUAACAGUUUGGCUGAGGAUAAGCAAGAUGUUAUUUUAAAAGAAAUGACUAAAGUGCUAAUAGAAAAUGAAUUCACGGAACCAACCAACGUUCUAUUGGGGCCAUCUAUAAAAGUACAUCUGCUAAAAGAUGACAUAGACGGCGCCUUAGACGAGUUCCAGAACUGUUGUAAAAACUAUCGUUGUACGCCGUGGAAGGGAGAACUGAUGAAGACACUUAUCAUGAAGGAAGAUGCUACUAGGUUGCAAUGGCUCGCUGAUUUAAGUACACAGAUUCACGGCGAAGUGAACAUUCUACAUGAUCUCGUGUUAGCUUUCGUGGAAUGUGGGCGGCUGCGGCAGGCGAGACGCAUCCUCGAGACCCCCGGCCUAAAUCCGCGCGCCAAACGCUUCCAGACCGCGUGCCAACGAUACGUCGAGGAGGGCAAAUCAGAAUACCUCGAAGGCCUGCUCGAAGCAACGAAAGAACUUUCACACAUCGACCGUUCCAACAUCUUCUAUCAUCUGCUCAUCACAUACUGCAAGGCUAAUGAGACUGACAAGGCUCUAGGUCUUUGGACCCUGCUCCAAGAAGAGGGAGAGAUACCAAGCGAACAGUUCCUGAACUAUCUCGGUAACCAUCUUAAAUCCAAGAACCGCGAAGUUCCUUUCGCAAUGCCAGGAGACCAUGCCCCUAAGCCAAAAUCUAAAACAGAUAUUGUAAAACCACCAAAAUCAUCCCAACCAACAAAAGUUGAAGUGUCAAAAAUGAUUGAAGAUCUUGUCAAUAAUGAGAAUCCAUCCGAAGCUAUGGAUGUCGCUAUAAGAUCAAUCCAACAAGGUGUGAUCCCAAAAUCGUCUGUCCUGAAAUAUUUGUUAAAGACCCUAGCAGAGGCAGGUAAUGUGGAAAAGAUACAGCUGCUAGGAAAGUAUAUAAACGAUACAAUGAAACGCAAUGUGACGUUUGAUGAUAAACUAACCUUGGCAAUUUUCAACCGUGGCGCGGGCGCACAGCAUAUAGACAGUCUUCUGCAGUCAGUGAACACUGCCAAAAAUGAGGAGGAAUUGGAAGCUGUAUUAAAGAAGUUCCCUAGAAGUAAUGCUUUGGCUUCUAUAGUGAACAAUGAAGAACUGGUAAAGAAAUGCCACAAAGUUGCCGAAGUUGCAGCUUCAAGAGGACAACUCACGCCCGCAAAUCUUCUAUGGAUGGAAUACCUACUGGUAGGAAAAGAACAGGAAGCGGACUCUCUAUGGAAAGUAUGGCUUAAGGACGCGAAGUCACUGUUCUUUCGCAGACUCCUACAAGAAUGCCACGUUAGAAAACAGCCAGAAUUGGUUGAAAAGCUUAUCACACUAUUGAAAACCAAUCAAAAACUUUCCCCGGGUGCUCUAGGAAAUGCUUACAACAGGUUAAUAAACCUGCAUUUGGCAGAGUCUAAAACGAAAGAAGCAUUGGAAGUAUUUGAAAGAGCUAUUAAGUCUGGAGUAUCUGUGAACCAUUUAAACAAAAGUUGUGUAGAGAGACUCAGAGCUGUUGCACAGGCGGAAGGCAAAGAUUUAAAUAUCCCUUUGGCUAGUUAAGGUAGCGCUUGGCAUUUCCAAACUUGCAAAAUUUUUCUAAAACUAACAAGUCCAUGAAAUAAAUAUCGUAAUCAUGUAUUUUUUUUAUUUUUCUGACAGCCAUAUUACUUGAUAGUUCAGGGGCCUUACCACGAACUCUUAUUACGAUUCAGUUUAGGACCUAAAAUGAAUCGUUGUGAGACAGCGCUACAUGAAAUGUAUAUAACCAUCCCGCUUUUUUGUCGUCACAAACCUAUACUGAACUGUAAUAAGAGUUCAUGGUAAGGCCCCUGUUGUUAAUAUCAUGUCUUAAAAAACGCUGAAAGCUAAUAUUAAUUAAUAAAAAUAGACCAUAUCCUCUGUCACAGUAUUUACGGUGUUCGAUAAAGAUUAAACUAUGUUGGAUCAGGUGAAAUCCGACAACUUUGGUGAAUAUUACAAAUAUGUUUUUAUUUUAGCGUUGUUAGCAAUGAGUCAUUUAUUGUAGGACGUGUUUCUUGCAUUUUGGUUGAAUCUAUCUUCUAUGUAAUGUUGUGUAUUCUGUGUGCGCGCUAUGUAAAUGACAAAAGAUACAUUUUACUACGACGAAAAUUAUCUUUAAAAGAUGUAGCAAUGGCCUGCCAUACCGUACUUGCAUACUGUACCAUUAUGCAACGUAAAUAAGUUUAUGAAAAAAUUUUAACUUUUACACCUACGAUUUAUAUUAUCACUUAUUUAAUCCAAAAUAUAGAUUGUGCUGUACAAAAGUAGUGUACCAUUUCUAAAUUAAUACGCGAGGGACAGCAGUCAUUGGAAGUUUGAAUUGUACUGAUUAAUGAAUACCAA